AUGAAUCAAGAUAAUUUUAACAUGGAGAAUCGCGGAAAUGGUAAGAAAUUAAUAACACUUUGAAAUGUCAUUUUUUUUAUUUCUAGAAGCUGUUGAUUUUGAUUUCGGAAUGGAAGCAGAUGAUGAAGCAAGCGAAAUCACAUUUUAUGAUUGUACGUUGAACACACCUCGGCCAAAAUCGUGGUUUCCACAAUAAAAAAUUGUACGCUAACUUUUUACAGUACAAAAAUUGUGAAUUUUUCAGUUUUUGUCCUCUAAAAUUUGUGAUUUUUCAAUUUUUGACCUCUAAAAACUGAAAUUCAGAUUUUUCCAAAAAUUGUACUCUGGCCAGCCACGGCUUGGCCGAGGUGUGACGUUGAAAAUACGGUUGAUUAGAUUCAAUUAAAAUAAUAAUUUUUAGCACAAGUUCAAGAACUUGCAUGUGAUGAAGAAAUGAGUCAACUUGAUUUGUCUGAUCUUUCAAUUCAUGAUAAUGAAGAUAUCAAUUUGGGAAAUAUGUCAGAUGAAGAAUCGGAAAAAAGAACAUCAUCUUCAACUUCUACACAAGGCACAAAUACUCCUUCAUUCACUGCAACAUUUCCCGAUAAACACUAUUUUUGGAUGAAUGACGAGAAAACCAUCAAAUUUAUCAGAGAAAAUUUCUCACCUGCAAGUUUUUAUAUAAUGCACAAUGGAAAAAUUGUGGAGGACUUUGAGGAAUUUGUUGAAAAUUAUAAAGGGCAACACUUGGUUCGAUUCACUUUUCAUUAUCGUUGUCGAGGCGGAAAAGGUGGAUUUGGCUCACUUCUUCGAUCAUUUCGAGUUAACAAAAGUACAAAUAAAUUAAUGAUGAGAGAUUUGAAUGGAAGAAGAUUGGCAUCAGUGGAUGAAGAAGGAAGAUUGAAAAGAUAUUUAGAAAGACAAGCAAGAAAAGAGGAAGAAUUGAGACAAAAAAGAAAGGCAAAAUUGGAAAGAUUGACAGCUGGACCACCAAAACAUAAAUUUGAAGAUCAAGAAUAUUUACAAAAAAGAGAAGAAAUCAUCGAAAAUACUGAAGAUGCAUGUGAAGCUGGAUUUGCUUAUUUGAAAGAAUUGAAAAAGAAAGAAAAGAAAUGUAAAAGUGGAGAUGAAGAAAAUGAAAAAGAAGUUGAAUCGGAUGGAGAAGAUAUUGAUAUUGAUGAUCUUUUUAAUCAAAGAGGUGGAAGAAAAAGAAAAAUUGAGGGACCAAAUAUGGAAGAUGAUGAUAAUGAAACUAACAAAAAAAUGAGAAAUGAUGAAUCGAGUGAUAGUGAAGAUGAUUCAGAUAAUGAACCAGAUCCAGAAGAAUUAGCGGUAUGUGUUUUUUAUGAUUAAAGAAAUGUUAAAAAUGUGUCUCGUUGACGUUUGAUUAAAUAGAUAAAUUCCACUACCAGAAGAUUCAUUAGAGUCCAAAUUUUAGAAUUCAAUUAUUUUCCUGGUCGGCCAGUGUUAGGAGUAGUGUCAAUAUGACAUACACUAGAAGAACACUUAUAACUAUGCUUGCCCAAAGCUUUAUAACAAUCUUUGUUGGUUGUACAUUUUGUUGCUUCUCCCAGAGCAACUCCAAUAAUAAUAGCGAGAAGAAUCCAAAACUUGAUAAUUCUUACAAUUGAAAUGAAUGGAAAUUUGUCAUUUCGAGGCUUUUUUAAAUGAUUUUCGUGUGGGAGGAGACUGCUUAAAUGUCUGCAAAAUAUUCAAUUUUAAUAUUUAUGUAGAUUGAGAUUCAUUUAUUAAAUUGGUCCCCAGACCUAAGGUUUUUGGGAAAUUUUCAUAUGAAUUGGGCUCUGACAUGUUUUCUGGUAAUGAGUUACAAAAAUUCAAAAAUAUAGGAAAACAAUUUUCUUUUUUCGAAAGCGGGCAACACAAUUCCAAAUUGUUAAAGAAAAAGAAAAAAUAAAAACAAAUUUAUGUACAAAAAUCAAGUAAUCCUGAAAUUAAUGUUUUCAUCUGAUUGUUUGAGAAAAUUGGAUUACAAGAGAAGCUAAGUAUUUAUGUCUAGUGUCAUUUUUUUUUAUAUUUCAAUUAUAAUUCAUCCUCAAAUCAUAUAUUGUUGAUAUUUUUCGAAUUCCCAUUUACUUUCACAAUUUGGAUCAACACAUUCAUUUCCAAGUUCACAAUCCACGUGUGCAAUACUUUCAUCUUGCGAUAAAAUAAAAGCAAAAAGAUUGACAAAAAUAAAGGCUAAUAUAGCUUUUAUCAUUUUUUUAUCUCAAAAAAAAAGAGAAACUUUGCUUUUAAUGUUCUCAUUUGAAAUUAUGUCUAGAAAUAAUAAAGUCUGUGAUUUAACACCAUAAAUAGAUUUUAUUGCAGGCGCUUCGACAAUAUUUCGAAAACAAUCAAAAAGAUCAAGAAGAGGAACAAGGAACUUCGAAACAACAAGAAGAAAUAAUUGAAGAGGAGCCGGAAAAACAAGAGGAAAAAGCUCCAGAAAUUCCAAAAAUCGAUGAAGACAUUCCAAAAAUUGAUGAAAAACAACCAUGUGAAUAUGCUGCAGUUAAUUUGGAUGAUUAUGUUAGUGCGCAAGAUUUGGAACUUCUUGGUUUGGAACAUUUGAAAAGUGCAUUGACUGGUAAUUCUUUUUUUUGCAUUCACAGAAGAAAUCAACAUUUUUUCUUCAGAGCGAGGAUUGAAAUGUGGUGGAAGUCUUUGUGAGAGAGCUCAACGAUUAUGGUCUAUCAAAGGUAUUGAGCCAGCUGAAUGGCCAACAUCAAUUCUUACCCCAGAAAUGAAGAAAUCUCUAGCUAGCGCAUGUGCUGAAAAGAAUUCCAAAAAGAAGCAGAAGAAAUCGAAAAAAUGA